ACUCCCAAGCCCUUUGACGCCGUCGGGGUCUGUCAAGCAUUUGACGCUGUCAGUUGCUAAUUGCUACAAUUGUUGUUGUUGUUGUUGUUGUUGUUUGGCUGGAGUUGAAAUAACAUAUUAUUUUGGACGACAUCGAAUAAGUACCGAUAUCUCUCGAGUUUUGGUCACUGCGAUCCACGGCACUUUGUUCAUAAUGGACGUUUACUUGAUGAUUCAGCGCCAAAAGAAGACCAUAUUACUCGAUACCAAAGACACCAUGACCAUUUACGAUUUAAAAGACAUGAUUUCGUAUAUAAUAAAUGUUCCUGCGGUAGAUCAAGAACUCUAUUUUAAAGAUCAAUUAUUGGAUGACGAACUAACUUUAUCAGAUUACGGUAUCAUACCCAACGCUGCUAAAGCACAAAAUCCGGCAAAUAUCGGUUUGGCAGUAAGAAUGCCUGAUGGUAAUUUUGAAGAAUUAAAAAUUGAUGAAUACUCAACAACACCUGAUGUGCCUACGUUUUUGAAGCCCCAAGAUUCUCCAGAUGCCUCCGAUCAAGCCUCUUAUUCAAAUUAAGCAAUAUGGAACAUGUUUUUGUUUACUACUAUUUCUACUAUUUGUGUGUGUGUGUGUAAUGAUGUGUAAACAGUAUCUCAUUUUAAAGACUUUAUUAACUUUCUAAUCAAUUUGUCUAGACAAAUUGUCAUAAGCGUAAGUAUAUCUUAUGCACUGAACUGAAUAGGUGUAUAAUAUUAUAUUCAGUACAGUGGUUUUGUGUGUUAAGAUUAUUGAUAUCUUAUUCAAAUUCCCUUUUACCACUACUAUUUUAAACAUGAUCUUUAAACUUAUAAUUCAGUAACUUUUAAUUAAAAACAAUUGUACGAA